AUGGGCAGGUUCACGGACACGUGGAAGCCCGCGGUCAAUGUCUUGACCUGGUUUCUGAUGGUAACAGCUAUUCUUGGCGUCUUUGCUCGUCUAGGAACAAAGUAUUGGAUCUUUCGGCGGUGGACGACCGAUGAUUAUCUAAGUAUUGUCUCGAUGUCACAGUAUGCUGCCACCAUCCUCUUUAUCAUCUGUAUGUGCUUUUCGAAGUUAGCCCUCGUCCAGUUUGUCCGGAGUGUCACCCCAGCUGCCUCCGACCGCCACAUCGCUGCUUGGCUGGAGAUCUUUAUUAUACUGUGGGGGACGACCGGUGUCCUCACGUUUGCCUUUCAAUGCAACCCUCCACGGACAUGGGAUUAUCUCAAUGGGCAAUGCUUCAACAUUGAGGCCUGGUGGUAUUAUUUGGGAGUGACGAAUAUUUUCACCGACGGUGCUAUUGUAGCUUACGCCAUCCUGAUAAUUACGCGCAUCCAGGCGCGGUGGAAGAAGAAGGCCACCUUGGCUACAGUAUUUGGGCUUCGCAUAUUCGUGAUUGGGGCCAUCAUAGCCCAGCUGGUAUACAGCAAGAAAACUAUCAAUUCAUCCGAUCCGACCUCUGACACUUGGCCUCUCGCAAUAUGUACGCAGCUCACCCAGUGCUUGAGCGUCAUUACUGCCUGCUCACCCCAAUUCAAACCAUUCAUGGAUAGCCUGCGCUCUAUGGGCUUGCGUGUAGACGGGAUUACUCGCUACGACACCUCUCGUGGAGAAUAUCAUCAUUCUUCCUCGCAUUUCCCGUCCCAAAUACGCAACCAGAACCAACCUGUAGCCGAGGGGCAUGAGUUGACUCCUAUCAUUCCUACCAAGAACGACCACCGUACAACGACGACGAUUACAGCCAAGCCGGAUUCAGAUGCAGAGAGCGACUCUAGUCAGGCCCACAUAAUCCGCGAAGUUCGCACAUGGGCUGUGACCGCAUCUCCACGUAACUCAUCAAAGGAAUCCUGGUAA